AUGGAUCCUCUCUAUAAAGUAUGCCGAAUCCCUAAUAAAGGGGAGGGCCUCAUCGCGACUACGGAUAUCACCCGCGGCCAGUUGAUUCUUUCAGAGGCCCCCCUCUUUCGAUACACGGACCUGCGGUUUAACGACCCUUCAGAAGCCGACAGACAAUAUAACAAACUGGGGAGAGCCAAGCAGAAGAAAGUUUGGAAGCUCUUCGAUGUGACUGGAAAUAGAAACCGGUCUGAGGAUCUCGAACUCGUGAUGCGCACCAACGGCAUCAAACUAAGGGACCCCAACCAUGAUAUGAUGUAUGGGUUAUUCGAGGUCGCCUGUCGGAUCAACCACUCCUGUCUACCCAAUACGCAUUCCUCAUGGGAUCCAGAAAAGGGCACGAUUGAAAUCUAUGCGACACAAAGUAUCCCACAGGGCGAGGAGAUAACAAGCACAUACAUUGGAAACCUUGGCGAAUAUGCCCUUCGCCAGGAAUGCCUGGCAUACAUCUUCAGAUUCACCUGCCGGUGCUGCCUAUGCACACUCCCAGAAGAGGAUCGAGAAUCGAGUGACCUCCGGAUCCAGGAGAUCAACUAUCUACGCCGGCAAGAUGUAUCAACGCUCUCCCAAAUCCGGGAGUUGCUCCAAUUAUACGACCAGGAGUCCAUUGCCGAUUGGCAACCAGUUGAAGCUUACGAAGGUGCAUGGCGGCUUGCAAGGCGUUCCGGAUACAAGACGAGAGCUCGCAUCUUUGCUGAGCGUGGAGCAAAGCUCUGCGCUGAGAUCGAGGGUUUUGAUGGUGCGAAUACAGUCGAAUGGCGAAAGCGGGCGAUGGAUUGUGGGGAUGAAGACGAAGAGAUGCCGGAAGAGGAAGAGGAGUUUGAGGAGCGGCUCUUCGGGGAGCUACAAGUGAAGGAGAACGUUGAUGGCUGGGGAGACUGGUUUUAG